AUGGGAUCAACCGAUUGCUAUGCAAUGGGGUAUCAACCUUCACCACAAAUCAAAAUCCUUAAACUGUUUGAUGAAUGUCCAUAUAGUUCAAACACCAAAACUCCGGCUUCUGAGGCUAAUCUUGAACAUCGGUGUGAGCAAACUUCUGUUGCUUCUGAUUGUGAAAGCGGGGUUUCUGGUACCGGAAACAUGCAAGAAAAUCGCAUGUUCGAGAACGGCUUAAUCAGAGUUCAUGAAGAGGAUAAGAUGCAUGAGAUAAUGAAGAAUAAAUUUGUUUCUAGUUUGAGUAAUUGUGGAUUGCAUACUGAAGUUGAGGCCAUACAUAAGAAGGUAUAUUCCGGUGCUAUGUGUCAAGCAAAGUAUCAGUCGUUUUGUAUAUAUGCACGAGCAAUGGAUCAAAAUUUCAGGGGCGGCGCCAAUGUGAAAUACGCAUGGUAUGGCGCUUCCAAGAAUGAGCUCAACGACAUCCUUUUACAUGGUUUUGGCCAUCCCAUGAAUACUGGAGCAUACAGAGGUGGGAUUUGUCUUUCUGCUGCCGAUCACCCUACUGGAAGUUUUAGAUCCUCUGUUGCUGACGAGGAUGGACUAAGGCAUUUGUUACUCUGUCGUGUUCUAUUGGGAAGAACGGAGAUUGUUCGUCCUGAUUCACGACAGUCUAAUCCAAGUUCCGAGGAAUUUGAUUCUGGGGUUGACAAUUUAGCUUCUCCUAAAAAGUAUAUUGUUUGGAGCACGCGCUUGAAUACUCACAUCUUGCCAGAAUACGUUGUUAGUUUCAGAUCUUCAACUCGUUUGGAAGGUUAUCAAAGGAUUUCUCGUCCUCUGAGAAGACCAAGUUCGGAUUUUAUUCCGUUUUCUGCUCUCACAAAAGUGCUUUCGAAGUUCUUACCUUCUGAUGCGAACGAAAUGAUAGCGAAGCAUUACGGCGAUCAUAAAGAGAAGAAGAUCACACGGCAUGAAUUUAUUCAACGAUUGAGAAAUAUAGCAGGGGACAAGUUGUUGCUUGUGACUAUAAAGUCUCACAUGGACAAGACGAAAGCACCUCAAAUCAGCUUCUUGCGUAACUGCAACAAUCGAGGGGAGAACUCGGGCUUGCAGGAAUGGAUGACGUCUCUGCGUUAG